UAGAAUUUGUUCCAGCUCCAACAAGUGGUCGUGAUAUCUGAGCUGAGUUUAGUUACUGCUACGAGGCUUUGUGGACCAACUGUUUGAAUGUAGCUUUGGUUUGACCUCUCAGUGGAUUAACUGUUUGCAGGACCUGACGUGUAUUUUCGAUUUUUUUUUUCCUUCUUUCUUUCUCGAGAGAGGAGAAAAACAUUCACGCUUACUUGAAGAGCACAGAAGGCAAAUGGUGCUUAAAGGCACAAGCGCGAUUUAGGGGAACUCAGCGUUCAAGCGUCCAGGGUCAUGAAACUUAAUCCACAGCAAUCCCCAUUAUAUGGUGAAUGUGUCAUUACUGUUCAGUUGUGUGAAGAAGAGCUCUCUAAACAUGAUGAAGAUGAUUAUGAGUUUUACCUAUUGUUUGCUGGUACAUCUCAGUGGCAUGUUUCCAGUAUGCAGAAAGUGGACUCAACCACUUUACAAGCAGUCUCGCCAGGUCAUGACUGCUGUGAGUCAGUGAAAGUUGAGCUUUGGACCUGGAGAUCAGGCUGCCAGGCUGAGACUUUGGCAACAAACUCUUUUAGUUUUAUUCAGGACACUGCUUUUGAUGUUGCCCAAUUCCUGCUUAGUACAGCUGGCAAGAGAAGUGUAUUUGAUUCUACAAAGUUGUUAGAAAAAUUUACCAUUGGAACAGAAGAAUGGCAAAAACUGGACAAGCAAGUAGUGCUGGCAAUACAGCACCUCAUUCGACCAGAAGAACCAAUUAUAAUAGGAACUGAAGUAUCUAGCAAUGAUUUGAAGCCCACUGAGACACUGCUACAUUUUACAGCAAGGAAUGGACUUCUCAGACUAUCUUGGUUUCUACUACAAGACCCCUUUGUCAAGGCAGCACUUGUACAUGAGAAUGCUGAGGGGCACACACCACUCAGUUUAGCCAGAGAGAGAGGCCACAGUCAGUUGUUGGAGUUGUUCGCUAAGAACAGUGAGACAGAUUUGCACUUACUUGAUGACCUGUUUUCAUCAUCGUCACCUGUCAAGUUACUUUCGUCCACCUAUAGAGUGAAGCAGCACCCUCAACUGAACACUUUUACCCUCACCUUAGAUACAGAGAAAUGUCAACCAUUCACAAACAUUGAAAAGCACAUUCAACAGCUUCGAGAUGUAAUAUACAGGAAUUCUUUCAAAGAGGUCUGUCUGUGUCCUUCUGCAGAGCUACAGAGUAUUGAUGAAGCCAUUCUGCAAAGUGAAAGUCAGGAUUUUUUUAACAUGAUCCCUUCUGGACUAAGAACUAACCAGAGCCUGGCUGAAAAUUAUCAAGAAAAAAUAGAGCUUGAGUGUAAUCAAGCAGACCAUCAUUUUCAAACUGAUUCCAACAGUGCUUACAAUAUUGAAAUUAAUCAGGCUGAAAAUCACAAAGCCUUAGAAUUGCCUGUUAAUUGUUGCUCAGAGAGUAGGGUGCGUCCAUGUGAACAUAUGACCAAAGACUGUACAAAGGAAAAGAAAAAAGAGGUGGAAGUUGAGUUUACCAGUACUGUAGUGGAUUCUGGGAAUCUUGCAGACAAAAAACACUCUGAGCUUGGUGAGACUGAUAAAGCAACCCUAACUGCCGUUGAUUUGACUAGUGGAAAAUAUACAGAGGAAACUGAUACAUCAUCACUGUUAUUCAGCACAGACCAGGAUAGCUUUGCUCAUGCUGAUAAACUAAAUCAGGAAGUUGAACUGGAGCAAAUUAAUGAGAACUUGCUAAUGACUGCUUUUGAUUAUGAAAUCACAUAUACAGCUGAAUCAGUGAAGUAUAAAAACACAACAGACCAAAAUAUGGGACAGAUGCAAUCUGGAGAUCAUUUGUCAUCUGGCACUGUAGAGAUUUGUCAAAGUGGUGAAUUUUGUCAAAAGCUGGAUCUACCUUUGGAAGACCAGUUUUUCUCGGAAAAUCCUAAUCAAAGAGAAAAUAGUGGGAUUGAAAGUAUUCCUAAAAUAGCUAUGAAUUGUGACCUUCCAGGUUUGCUUCAUGGUGUUUCAGAUCAAAAUGGAGAAAACCUUAUAGAAAAUAGUCAUUCUGCUAUGACUGAAUUUUCAGAUGUGUCUGAGAAAGAGUGUAAGGUGGACACAUCGAGUGAAUGCCAAAGCAGCAAAGUCAUGGUUGUAGAUGAAUUUAAGUGUGAUGGCUCUUGCAGAAAUGAAGAUGAUCAUUUCGUCUUGAAAUCCGAGGAACAGUGUGAUAGCACUGAAUUGGGAAGAACGUAUAAGCACAUUGCUGAAAAAGACACUGAGCUUCUCACUUCAGAAAUUGUCUCACUAUCUGAAGCCUCUGAUGGCAGUUUGAAAACUGAAAUAGAGCAUGUUAGCCACUUUGAAAACAGCAAUACAAAAGAUUGUCAAUGUAUUUACUCUGACUUGAUAGUUGCUCUCAGAGAGGGUGAUAUAAUUAAAGAAACAGAAGCAUAUUGUUCCUCUCAGACUGUAAAUAAUUCACAGCCCACUUUACAAGAGAAAGAAGUAAACUUGGAAAACACUAGAAAUGUAUCAGAGCCUAAUAUACUCCAAACCUCAAUAAAAUAUGGGCACUGCACUAUGGAUCUCUUUUCAGAAUUUGCAACUGUGCUUGAUGCUGAAGAUGAGAUAAAAACUAUACUAGAGAGCAGCCCUGUACACACACCAAUAAAUACCACCCAUGUGGUUAAUGCCGAUGAUGUGAAGGCUAUUCUAGAGAGCAGCCCUGUACGCACACCAAUAAAUACCACCCAUGUGGUUGAUGCUGAUGAUGUGAAGAAGGCUAUACUAGAGAACAGUCCUGUACACACAGCAAUAGAUGCCACACAUUCCAUUCAAGAUCCUAUGUGUUGUUUGCCCAUUGAGAAUGUUAAAUGUCUAGCUACUUGUCCUGUGGACUGUAAUUUGUUUGUUCCACAUCUUGAUGCAUUGAACAUGACAGAUCAUUGUGCUUUACCACCUGGAAAAGAUGUUGAAGAGAAAAUUAGAGCUUCUGUAGAAAAAAAUGAAAAGGUUAUGCUUAAAAAUAUACAGACAGUACAGUUCAAAACUGCUUUUUGUCAGAUUUGUGCAACCAAACCAGAUGGGAUACAAGACAGUAAAGCUGCUGUGUCAGCAGUGGAAUGCAUUGGUGAAGAAGAGGAACCAUUGCAUGAUCAGGACAAUCCAGGUGCAGCUUUAGUUUCAAGUUUUGACUGUGCAACAAAAUCCACAGAAUGUAAUUGCCAAGGAAUUAUACAAAAUGGCAUGUUUGAUGUUACAGUUGCCUCUUUGCCUGAUGCUGGAAUUAUUGCAGAUGAAAGCUUUUUAGGCCAAAAGAUUUCUCAUUCAGAAAACCUUGUAUGUUGUAAAGAGACAGUAUUUGAUGACCUUGUUGCUAGUCUCUUUAUGACAGAAGAUUCAGCUGUGGCUGAUAUGAAACUAGACAGUUUUGAACAGUCAGCAUCAGGCUUAUCUUCCAAAAUAUUUCCAAGUGAGAAUGUUCAGGAGGACUCUGGCGGAUGGGAUCUGAAAUUAGAGACGGAUUCUGUUCAGCGCACUGACGAUGAAGCAUUGAUUAAAUCGGGUGAGGCUUUAUCUAGAGAUGUUCUGUAUGUCUUACCUGCUUUACAAGAGGAGAAGACAGUAGACCAGCAGGAAAAUAUGGAUGAAUGUGGAGUGAAAAACAAAACUGAACGUGAGAAUGCUGUGCUCAAUGAAACUAGUUCUGAAGAAGCUGAUAUUCCGAUGAUUACUGAAUCUGAUAUCGAAUCUGUGCAGGGUGAAAAGGUAUAUUACUUUUUUCAGGAUGAGAGAGUUGAAAAUAGUUUGAAAUGUCAAGUAGAAAAACAUAUGGGAAAAGAGGAAGGAGAACUGUUGGCUGGAUGCAUUGAGAAUUCAGCAGAUACAUGCAAAAUACCAACUGCAUUUGUUGAGGAACGGUUACAGUUUGCUAAUAAUGAUGUGGCUGAGCCUAAUUUCAAACCUCAGACUGAUUUUGUACAAAAUACUGAACGUGACCAUGUAGCUAGAGAAAGUGAAGCUAAACACGUACUGGACACUGCUAUACUCUACCCGGAUAAGAGCGAGGAGUUUUUCUCUUCAGAUACAAAGGUAGAAUUACUGUACAGUUGUAAUACAGAACAUGAAAAUAAUCAUAAUGUAUCGCUGAAUAAAGACUUUUCCCUGCCCAGUGAACAAAUGCUUACAGAGCAACCUGCUUUACAGUCAGAUACUAAUGAAAUUGCACCAUUUAUCUGUGAUAAUUUGCCUUUAGGUGUUGCACUGAAUGAUGCCACCAAUCAAUUAAACAUCAUCCAAACUGUCAUAAACACUGAAGGCUUAGUUGAAAAUAUCAUCCUCAAUGAAGUUAUUAGUCAGAGCCUUUCAUUGGAAGAGUUAUCUCAUGAAGGUUCAGAAAGUGUUUGUACCAAAUCUGACAGCAGCAUUGCUGAGAAGACAACAUCUACAAAGCCAGAUACAGGACUUGCAUCCUUAGAUUUGGAUUCUGUUCUCCCGGGUGAUUGCAUUACUGAAGUCAGUUUACUAAAUGGUGCAAAUGUUUCCUUGGAUUUGCACGAAGUCUCCAACAAGGCAGUGUGCUCAAAUAUAGAGAUGAAAGGGAGCAAUGACACCUUGGGCUUUCCUUCACCUGAAGGAGAGAACUCAAAGCAGAGAACAGGGGAUGAAGUGGACAUUGCAAAAAUGUCAUCUCUUGGAGAGGAAAACGGAUCAUGUGGUGAAACAAUGAUUCAGAGAGACAAGGACAACUUUUACCUGGACUCAGAGUCUGCCCUCUUGGAUCAAACUCAAAGUUUGGAAUGCCCAGGAUAUCCUGAAUCUGAUGAUAUUCAAUUACCGGUGACAAGUCCUACAACUCCUGGGGUGUCACCAGUUCAUCGAGAGUCAGGCAGCGAUGGAGAUGUGUUUGCAAGCAGUGACCCAGGGGAUGAUAAUGUUUUUACAAAGCAAGAAACUCAAGGUCUGGUUGGGGAUUGUACCAGUGAGGUGUCAGUGUCCUGCUCUUCUACAGAUGAGUCAGUAACUACGGGUCCACCUACAUCCACCCCUGAGAGAAGACCUGAAGUUUGGAAUUGGAAUGCAGAAGAUGUACAGUGUAGCAAGGAAGCAGGAUCCAAAGAAGAAAAACAUCAGUGUGAAACAGAGGAAGAGGAGAAAGACCGGCUAACAGAAGUACCACCUUUGCGCUCGUCUAUGCUGCGCUCUUCUAUUCGCUCUCUUUCACCAUUCCGGCGACAUAGCUGGGGCCCUGGCAAGAAUAUGGGCACAGAUAGUGAGAUGAAUCAACGCAGUUCUUUGCGAGUUCUGGGGGAUAUAAGGAAGGCUUCAAUUCAUAGAAGAAGUAUGAGCUGGUGUCCCUCUGAUGUCCAAUUCCUUCCAGUCACUGAUGAAAUUAGUAGCAGAAGUUACAGCCUAGAAGGACUUACUGCAGAGGCUGAACCAGCAAAGGACUCUUCUGUUCUUGGUGGCUUGCAACAGCGUGAACGAGAUACUGGAAGGGUGCUCAUGACGGAGAAUGAGGAAAGGGGUUCCCUUAUUUCAUUAACCGAAGAAGAGCAGGAGUCAGAACUUGGAGAAAAUAGCAGCCUUGACAGCCAGAAAUCUGAACAACUUCCAUCUUUUGAAACACAGAUCCCGCACAGGCUUACAAAAUCUGUGUCUCUUUAUACUAUCAACCAGUCAGGCCUAGACUCCCAAGGAAGGAUUCAACAAAAGAGAAGAAUUUCAUUUUCCUUCAGCAUUUCUCCUCUCAACCCUAUAACUAAAACAGUCUUUUCUAUUGGCUCUUCCUCCAGUGAUGAGGAGGUGUCAGAUUGUGUGAAGCCACCUUUAAGUAACUCAAGUUCCUUAACUCACAGUAUUUGUGAAGAAAGCUUUCAACCCUCCUCCUUGAGAAAGGACUCUGAUGGAAAAAGUGGAACAAAAGUUAGCCGCACGUUCAGCUACCUCAAGAGCAAAAUGUAUAGUAGUAAAAAGAACAAGGAAAAAGACAAAGAAAAAAUAAAAGAAAAAGAUGUCAAGGAGAAAGAAAAAGAUAAAAAAGUCAUAAAUGGACAUCUCUUCAGUGCAGCAACCACUUGUGUUCCCACGCUGUGCUACCAAUGCAGCAAAGCAUUGACUACAAAAGAAAUCUACUUUUGUUCAAAUUGCACUGUGUACAUACAUAAAAGCUGCCGAGAUGCUCUUCCAGUCUGUGCUAAGGUCAAAAUGAAGCAACAGAAGCAGCAAUUCACAGUACCUGAUUCAUCCUCCAUGCCUGAAGUAACAAUGAGAACCAGAUCUACUCUACCCCGAGAGCGUCCAAGGUCAGCCAUUUUCAUUCCAGAAGAGCAGCAGAGAAUUUCCAGUUGCAGGAGAGCCACAGCAAUCAUGCCUUUCACCACUUGCAAUCUUUCUAAGAGUGUGUCUAUUAGCAACAUAACAGCCAGGGCACUUGAGGACAUGCCAUUGAAGAGGUACCUUUCACAGUCAACAGAUUCUCUCAACAAAACUAAUAAAGCUAACAUGUCCACAGAGUCUCUCGUAGAUGAAGGAGCUGAGAUGGACUGUCACCUCAUGGGGGAAUUUGAAGUUGAGGCCAAGGAGCUCGAGGCAGACUCGUGGAGUUUGACAGUUGAUAAAAAGCUGCUUAAACAACUCAAAAAAGAUGUGAUUAAACGACAGGAUGUUAUUUAUGAACUUAUUCAGACUGAAAUGCAUCAUGUGCGAACACUGAAAAUAAUGUCGGACGUUUACAGCAAGGGGUUACUGAAAGAGGCACUUUUAGACUCUCGGACGGUAGAGAAGAUGUUCCCCAUGUUAGAGGAUCUCUUAGAAAUCCAUACUCAGUUUUUCAGCUGCAUCCUAGAAAGAAGGCGUGAGGCACAAAAGCAGAUGAAGAAUGAAGUGAAAGAAGGAGGAUUUGUCAUUUACAGAAUCGGCGACAUACUUGUUAAUCAGUUUUCAGAAGCAAAAGCAGAACGCAUGAAGAAGAUAUAUGGUAAAUUCUGUGGUCGUCACAAUGAAGCAGUGAAUUACUACAAAGAGCUAAAUGCCAAAGAGAAGACCUUUCAGACGUUCAUUCAGAAAAAAAUGAGCAGUGCUAUAGUCCGGAGGCUGGGUAUUCCUGAAUGCAUAUUAUUAGUAACCCAGAGAAUAACAAAGUACCCUGUAAUUCUGCAACGAAUUCUUCAGUACACCAAAGAGAAUGAGGAAGAUCACAAAGACCUCACACAGGCACUCGUGUUAGUAAAAGAUAUUAUUGCAGCAGUGGACAGCAAAGUAAAUGAAUAUGAAAAGAAAAAGAGACUUCUGGAGAUUUACAAUCGUACUGAAAACAAGUCCAUCAUGAGAAUGAAGAGUGGUCAGAUGUUUGCUAGGGAAGAUCUCAGACGUAAGAAACUUUUGCAUGACGGGCAGCUCCAGCUGAAGAGCUUGACAGGAAGAAUGAAAGAUGUCUUAGCGCUGCUGUUCACAGAUGUUUUUGUGUUUCUUCAAGAAAAAGACCAGAAAUAUGUGUUUGCAUCUCUGGAUCAGCGUUCAACUGUAAUCUCAUUACAAAAACUCAUUGUCCGGGAAGUGGCUAAUGAGGAGAAAGGGCUAUUUUUAAUCACUGCUGGCAUUCAAAACCCAGAGAUGGUGGAGGUCCAUGCAAGCUCCAAGGAGGAACGCAAUAAUUGGAUUCAACUAAUUACUGACGCUAUGCAGUCCACAGUCAAAGAUGAAGAUGAAGGAUUACCAAGUGAAUCAGAAGAGGAAAAACGAGCUUUGGAAUCAAAAGCAAGAGAAAUGAGAGAACAGCUACAUUUAAAAGAUCAACAAAUAGUUACUCUUUUGGAGGAAAAGGUAAAACUUUUCCGGGAAAUAAGUGUGCAAGAUGAUGGAGCAUCAAGAACAGCAGCAAAAUCCAUGUUCCGGGCAAGCACUGAAGAUGUUCAAAAAGGGGAGAAUGUAAUGAAAGAAGCCUUGAAGGAAGUGGAAACCUUACAAUCCUUGGUAAACACGAGCCUCAGCACCACAGCUGGCCUGCAAACUUCCAGCAGUUUGGAAAUGGAGAGUGGAAUAGGACCAGUCUCCCUUCCUCGGAGGGCAGAGACCUUUGGGGGCUUUGACAGUCACCAGAUGAACUCCUCCAAAAAUGGAGAAAAAGAAGAAAUUGAUGAUGUGUCAGAUCUCAGGAGGACUGAAUCAGAUAGUGUUUUAAAAAAGGAUGGGAGUGGCAAUUUAUUGUUCAUGUGUAAAAGAAACCAUGAGCAUGUCCUCCAUAGUGUUACACAUCUCCAUGAGCUUCUCACAAAUUUACAGGCUGUGGUGGUACAGCAGGACACAUACAUUGAAGAUCAACGUCAAUUAAGUGAGCGUCCCAGCUCACGUAGCUCCACGCGUCCCAAUUCUCUGAUUGAGCAGGAGAAGCAGCGCAGCCUUGAAAAGCAAAGACAAGAACUGGCCAACUUGCAUCGUCUUCAAAUGGCAAGUGCCGAGGAGAGAAAGAAAAAGGAGCGCGAAUUUGAUGUGAAACAGCAAGAGCUGAAAGAGCGUGAGGAGCGGAUUUCUGAACGUGAAGAGGCCAUCAGGCAAGAGAACACUCGACUGGAACGUGACAAAGAGGAACUGCAAAAUAAAAAGGAAGAGUACCAAAAGGACCUUGAGAGGCUGAGGGCAGCCCAGCAAAAGCUGGAAAAGGAAAGGGAUCAGUUUGAGGCAGAAAAGAAAGAGCAUUCUAAAUUAGCAGAGGUAUGUGAAUUCAAAAAGGUUACACCUGAGGAGACGCUCUACUACAGUGUUCAGGGUUUAAAAUCACCAUCCAGUGCCUCGGACGACUCCAUCAAAUUUCCUAGCAGCAGUUCUCUUAACCAGGAUUACCCAGAAUGUGAACUUUCAGUGUCUCCUAAAAAAGAUCCUUUAUCAAGGACCGAUUCCAGACAGAAAGGGAAACAUUUAAAUCCCUUCAGCCAUAAAUCACAGGGAAGUGAUUCUCACAACCAGAUACCCAACCGGCUGCUUCAGCUUGGGAAAUCCAAGGAAAAAAAAGAGAAGAAGAAAAAGAAAAGCAAAGAUUCCCAGCAGGCUUCCAUCUCUGAAACACCAGCCGAAGGAGAGGAGAUCUUCUGUUGACCAUUCUGGCUUCUCAAUUCUGCCGAGGUGCUCGUCUUCUCUGUUCAGGAUCAACUUGUCCACUGCCAGAGAACGUGCCCAUCACACAAAACCAUAUCGUGGAAAAAGGACGAUCAGAUUUUGUCAGUUCAUUGACAACGGUCAUGUCCUUGAAGAGUGGGGUAAAUACAGACAGAGAGAAUGUAAAAAAAAAAAGAAAACAAUCCAAUCCUUUUCACAAAAUAUUUCAGCAAUGUUUUAUAAAACCAACCUUCCCUUCCUUGGUGAAAGUAAUAAUUUGAAUGAAGGCAGCACAUGCCACUUAUUACUUAGGAAACCUUUAGUUUCUUUCUGUUAGUCAAAUGCAUCUUCUCUAUUUAAUCAAUCGUAUGAUAUACAGAUAUUUCAAUGAGCCGACUUCCAGAAUUAAAGACGACUCAGAUCAACACACAUGUAUAGGUGUUUUCCAGCAGUAUUAAUGGUAAUUAUUUUAUUUGCACUGAUUCUUACGCUCUAAAGACAACUCAUUGUUUGGCUACAGGUUAAUAUUUUGGGGCACCUCAAGUCUCUAAUGCUUAUCCAUUACAGUCAAUUAGGAAAAGGGCAGAAAAAACUGUGUGGUGAUGCUCUGAUCUUCAGGAAUGACUCUUGUCCAUCCUAAUGGGUGAGCAGGAUGUACACCAGCAACAUCUGCAGGGAUGAGGCUUCAGAUGGUUACAAUUUAUUAGGUAGAAGUGUAACUCUUGGGGUCACUGAAUGUAGUCAAAGCCUCUGAGCUCUGCAGGCUCCCACACUUGUACCCAGACUCCCCAGUUUCAAAUGUCCACCCAACUGCAAAGCUAUCCAAGGUGAAGAUACUUGGUGUAUGAGUGAGUGGAAGUGUACUUACAGUGAGCUCGAGUGAUGUCAGUUAGAAAGAGCAGGUAGUUUGGUUAUGUGAGGCAGGUACCUAAAACCUCAUCUAUGUGUAUGUUUGCGUUAUUUUUUUAAAUUUAAUAUAAUGUUUUUUUUUGUAAUUAGUGUGUAAUUUUGUAUGUAAAAUAAGUAUAAUUAAACAAAAACUGUACAGCUGCACAGAAGAUGUGUACUUGAUUUUAGGGUAAGCUCAUCCCUUAUCAAUACCUUCUUGAAUUGACACCUGUCUAAACGUUUUAGCUUUUUGUUCCCUUAACUAUUUAGCAGUCAUCUCAAUGUAUAUUUCAAUAUGGUCUGAUGCCACCAAGCACUUUAAACUCUUCAAAGUGAUGCUACUAUUUAGUGCUUUAAAAACAAAAAGACAAUCAAAAAUUGUGGUGUAUUAAAUGUGUUCAGGUCAUAUGUACUGCACGAGAUACUUUACUUUUGAUUAAACACAAGCUUUAAAUUAGGGAGCUGCUGUCUUAGAUAAGGUAUCAUUUAACAUGGACUUAAGUGCCUUGGAAUUUACAAACAAACAACAGCAACAAUCAAACCAAUUUAUUAGUACGUUAGAGCGGGUUUGCCUAUUUGUUUCCAUUUUAGUCGAUACAAAUAAAUGAUACUGAUGAUGGCUUUUAUCCCUUUUAAUUAUUUACAGAUAGUACAGAUCUAGCUAAGUCUGUCUUGCCCCAGGAGAGCAGUUUAUUUUCUUUUUCUUUCAUAUUUUUGACCUUUUUUGUGUAACAGCUAUAUCCACUAGCUAUGCACAUAACAUGACGAGCAUCGAUUUCAUAAAGCCCAACUGAAACUGCUGAAAGAUAAAGACGUGGACAAAUUUCGCAAAUUAUUAUUAUUCUUGUUUAACUACUGAAUAGUUUUUUUCUUUUCUAAGAACUAAACUAUAAAAUAGGAAUUAUAAAACAAAUUAUCAUAUAAAAGGCUACAUUCCAUGUUAAAAAAAUACAUAUAUAUAAUAUAUAACCUGCCGGUCAGGUUGUGUAAAAAAUUCAGAAAAUGAAUGAGCGACUGUCUGUUAGUAUGUCAAGAAAUGAAUGCUAAUGGAUCUUGUGAUUAAUAUUUUUUUAACCUGCUUUUUGACUUCCAUGGUUUAACCUUUCACUCUUUCAAAUGCUUAAAUGUUAAUUUAUUAUCCUUCCCCGUCAGCGUAGAAAAUAUUGGUAUAAAAAAUUCUGCAUCCUCAAGAUAGCUGAGAUUCUUUUCAGGGCCAAACGUAUUAUUACCAACCUUCAAGUAACCCCUCAAAACCCAUACACACACACACACACACACACACACACACAGUGGAUUAAUAUGUGUCUGCAAGGGCUACGUGUGUGUUUCAGACUCGCACUCUUGUUAUAUAAAGACAGUGAAAAAUAUUGAAUUUAGCUUGCUAGCUAAAUGUGUAUUCCAGUAAAAAAACAGUUCAUUUUCUGUUUCCCCAGACUUUGGUCUUUAGCUUGUGUUAUAUUCCUAAAAUGAAGUGACUUUUUCAUGAUUUGCCUGUGUAACAUUCAGUCUCCAUGAGAGGGCACUGUCUGCAUUCAGUUCACCAAAAAGCCUCCCGUUUCCAAUCAAACAAAGCGAGAAUGUUAAAUGUCCUACCACUAUCUGUCUGUGUGUACACUGCAUAUACAGUCUGACCCAACAUACACAACUGAAUGGCCUUCUGUAAUCAUUAGUUUGUAAGUGAAAAUUUAUUUUCUGUAUAUUUGGUAUAAUCAGUAAAGUGGUCCUCUAAAUAGAACACCACGGUUUUAACAAUCUAUCUGCAUUUUGGAGUAUUCUCUUAUUUUUAAAGAGGCACCUAUUUAAUUUUUAAAGCACUAGUAAAGAAAUUGAUCUUCUCAGGAGUUCACACAGUGGGUGUCAUCCCUCUGCUGUAGUGUAUGCAGAAGUACUUGCACCAAGCUAGGUAUUUUUUCAUGUCAAGUUCUAUUUUAAACAAAAAAAAGGGCAAAACACAAUUUGUGUAAAUUAAUGUAAAAUUUCAAUUGUACUUAUAAACGUUCACCACAUUUGUGGUCCUGUGAUUCAGUUUGGCUUUUGUAAUAAAGAUGUAUUUAUCUGCUUUUGUGUUAAUAAAAUAUUUAAAAAAAAAUGUACAUUUUUCUCAGAAUAAAUAACUA